AGCGAUCGCAUAUUGCAUCAGCUGCAGCAGAUAUCAGUUCGUCAGUGGCACGGGUACUGGGGAAGAGAAAUAGCAUUGAUUACAGCCACAGAUCGAGUGUAUAUUGUGCUUUGUGCGUCUUAUAAGAAUCAAACCACACCAAAUACCAGCACAAUUCAUGUGUUACACUCCCAUCUGAAGACACAGCACAAACUCAUCUAAAGUCAGGACAUUACUCAGUAUCUGCGAUGUACAUGUGCCUCUCAUGACCCGCAUCUCUAUCAGUCACUGUUUAAUCGCUCGCCACCACUCCUAAGGGCUUCAAACUGACUGUUCCUUUCUUGGACUCAUUUAAUCCCUUUGGAUUCAACCUCUGGAGGUCCGAUGGACUCACUGUUGCUUCUUCCACCGUAGCUGGAAGCUGUUCCGCAUUCAAGUGGGCAUUGAAUAAACUUGCAUUUAAGGUGCAAGUUUAUGGUUGGCUCCCCCCUCUGAUGUAUAUUUACCUACUGGUCAAAUUAAACCAGUUCAAGUUAAUCACUUCCCUCUCUGUCGUGUUCUGACCGACACACCUGGUACACUGCUAUUCCCUUCAAAACCAAGCCCUUAUUAUCUUUCAAGGUAGCCUUCGCUACAUUUGUAGUCCUUCGAGCCAGAUAGCAACGGUGCUGGGAGCAUGCAGCAGAGCGGCGAAGCAUCAUGGGGCCCAUCCACUCAGCCCAAACGUCAGGUGAGGCCGCCAUCCUAUCUGACAGAUUACGAGGUCAAUGUAGUGUGACCCAAGAGAUAUGGCCCAGCACCUGAUAGUCCUGAACAACCCAUGCCUAGAGGGUAAGAAUGGAGCUCGCAGCCUCACGUGACAUGGGGUAGGACUGCUCGGGCACAGGACGAUUAUUUCCCAAGCUUAGAGGAGAGCUUCAUUGAUACAAGGUUAGGAUGGCUACCUAUCUAUACACCCCACAUAGAAGAGGGAGCUGAGUUAAGUGGGACCAGAGAGAAUGUGCAGCAUAGUUUCACCUCACCUUAUGAUAAUAGGAAGGAAUCGCGUGAGUCAACAGCCUCAGUCAGAAUGAGAGGAACAGUGCAGAGGGAUCAGACCUCAGAGCAAUGGCCAAUGCCACCCCUUCCAUUACCAGAUGACUCGUUAGCCCUAGAGGAAGAGGAUUAUGAUGAGGAACUGCCUCCUCCGCCGUGGCCUUCAUCUGACAACCCCCCAAAGUCCGCAGUUGGUGAGGAGCAGCGAGUGGUCAUUUUCAUAGACCGAAUGAUGAGCGAGCUACAGCUCAUGAGGGACAGUGUAUCAUCCAGCAUUACAGCUCACACUCGUCCACAUUCUACCCCUCAGAGCUUGAACCCCCCUCAGCCGAGACGAGGUCCUGAAGAGUAUGACAUCCGGUCCAGCACCCAGAGGCCAAAACUUUACUCACCUAUUUCACGGCCGCAGCCCAGUAUAUAUCGCACAGAUGAGGCAUCCCCAACUCAGUAUCCAGCUAGGCCUGAUAUCCGCCUGCCACACCCCGCCUCAGGCAGACAGUUCUCACCAAUGUCGGCAACUCCAAGGGUAGGAGAGUACAAGGGGCCUGUGCCGAAAAUUCCGUUUUUUGUCCAUAAUGACCCGAUGGAGUUCUCUCGGCUGAAAUUGGCUUUAGCAAACCUGCUACCCACUGAUGCUUCGGAGCUUUUCAAGUAUCAGAUACUUGUAGAUCAUGUGAAACUUGAAGAAGCCUGUCUUAUCGCUGACUCCUUUAUCAACUCACCCCAGCCGUACACUGACACUAUGGCAGCCUUGACUGAAAAGUUUGGCCAGUCGCAUCAUGUCGCCUUGAAGAGGAUCGCUGCGGUGAUUGAUUCCCCUGAGAUUAGAAGAGGGGACAUAGCUGCCUUUGAGAGAUUCUCCCUGCACAUACAGUCACUUGUGGGCAUGCUACAGACACUGGGGCCAGACGGAGAAGUCGAGCUGAGAUGCGGCUCACAUGUGGCCCGACUCCUUACCAAGCUUCCGAUGGAGAUGAGAGCUAACUUCCGACGUCAGAUGUUCCAUCGUCCUGGACAUACUCAUACACUGCUUGACCUGGCAGAAUGGCUUCGAUAUGAGUCAUGGUGCCAAGGUUAUGACAACCCUACGGACACUCGUGCCCAAGGGUUACCAGGCUACCGAGCUGAGAAACGUCGCAGCAGACCACCAGCUACGGUACUCCAUGGAGCAGAGAUCCAUACGCUGAACCCAGUAUCCCGGCAAGAGGGUCAAAGCUCGUCUGUGCAGAGGUGGAAAGGCAAAGCAAAACCCUACUGUCCAUAUUGUGAGGGCACACAGCACUUCCUAAAUAAGUGUCCAAAUUUCCAGAAACUCAAUAAAGAGGAGAUCAUAGAGUGGAUCAGGGUUAAUAGGAGAUGCGGGAGAGCAUAUCAGGUGGCACAAUGUGACCUUAAGAAGCUCUGCGAUGUGUGUCAGGGGAAGCAUUUGAGAGUUCUUCACGAUGCCAACUCCCGCCCCCCGGCUGAGCAGCCGAAGUCUGAAAGUUGCCUGGUGAGCACCAGUACAGAAGUCCUCUAUCUUGACAGACCAUCGGACCACACUCGUGUUCUGCUGAAAGUCGUCAGAGUUCUACUGCGUAACAGAGACCGGACACUAGACACUUAUGCAAUACUGGAUGAUGGUUCAGAGCGCACAAUGCUCGUCCCUGAAGCUGUUGACAAACUGGGCCUGCAUAAGAAGCCAGAGGACCUUGCUCUGCGGACCAUUCGACAGGAAGUCCAAAUCCUGAAGGGAUCAGUAGUCUCAUUCAACAUCUCCUCCCCUAUGAAUCCCAAGAAAACCUUUUGGGUAGUGGAGGCUUUCACCUCACAACUCUUGGGCUUGGCAGACCACAUUUACCCAAUCGCCAGUUUGAAGAGGAAGUACAAACACCUGGCAGAUCUUCCUCUUGAGACAUUUGAACAUGUCAAACCGCUUGUGCUGAUUGGAGUGGACUACCCUCAUCUACUUACUCCGAUCGAACCGGUGAGACUGGUCCCUCCUGGAGGACCGGCAGCCAUCCACACAAGUCUGGGAUGGACACUUCAAGGACCUGCACACCUUACCCAGUGGGCUCCGAGUGCCCAGCAGUGUCUCUUCACUAGUAUCUCACCCCAGAUGACGGAGCUGAUGCAGAAUGUCGAGAAGCUCUGGAAGAUGGACAUACUGCCAUACCAGACCGACAAGUCGGUUAUGAGAUCGAAGCAGGAUAAGGAAGCGCUGGAGCUUCUGGAGGCCAAGGCGAGGCGUGUACAGGUUGCAGGCAUCCUCAGAUAUAAGAGACAGAUCAGACAAUCCUUUGGAGUGACUCUACAACAGUGUUGA